AUGUUCAGAAACCAGUACGAUAAUGAUGCGUCGACAUGGAGUCCACAGGGCCGCAUUUUCCAAGUCGAGUAUGCAUCGGAGGCUGUCAAGCAGGGGUCAGCAGUUGUCGGCCUGAGGUCGAAGGAUCAUGUCGUGCUUGUGGCAGUCAAGCGCUCGCCGAAUGAGCUGGCGUCGUAUCAGAAGAAGAUUGUGCGCAUCGACGACCACAUGGGCAUUGCAAUGGCGGGUCUGACGUCUGACGCGCGCGUUCUGAGCAACUACCUGCGCACGGAGGCGAUGCGCUCCAAGAUGGUCUAUGGACGGCCGCUGCCGGUUGGGCGCGCAGUGAACAUGAUCGGCGACCGUGCACAAAUCAACACGCUGGAGUACGGCCGGCGUCCCUAUGGCGUGGGGCUGCUGGUGAUCGGCUACGACGACGCGGGACCCCAUCUUUUGGAGUUCAACCCGUCGGGGAUUGUGAGCGAGUACUAUGCGUAUUCAAUUGGCGCGCGGUCGCAGUCGGCACGCACAAACCUGGAGCGCAACUUUGAGCAGUUCCAGGAUCUUUCGCUGCAGGAGCUGGUGACGCAGGGCCUGCGGGCGCUGAGGGACACGCUGCAGCAGGGGAAGCAGCUGGAUACAAUGAACACGAGCAUUGGGUUUGUGGGCAAGGACACCAAGUUCACGAUGCUCGAUGGCGAGGCCACGCAGCAGUACCUUGAUCUGAUCGACGAGGGCGCCAGGCACGCAGGAGGGCGAUGCGAUGGAGACUGA